AUGGCGGAACUGGGCCGCAGGGACUCCACGCUGACGGCCCUGGACGAGGAGACGCUAUGGGAGAUGAUGGAGAGCCACCGCUACAAGAUCGUGCGGAGCGUGUGCCCCAGCCGCCUCACGCCCUACCUGCGCCAGGCGCGCGUGCUGGGCCAGCUGGACGAGGAGGAGGUGCUGCACAGCGCCCAGCUCACCAACAGCGCCAUGAGAGUGGGACACCUGCUCGAUCUGCUGAAGACGCGAGGGAAGAACGGGGCCAUCGCCUUCCUGGAGAGCCUGAAGUUCCACAACCCUGACGUCUACACCCUGGUCACCGGGCUGCAGCCCGACCUUGACUUCAGCAACUUUGGAGGUCUCAUGGAGACGUCCAAGCUGACCGAGUGCCUGGCGGGGGCCAUCGGCAGCCUGCAGGAGGAGCUGAGCCAGGAGAAGGGGCAGAAGGAGGCGCUGCUGCGGCGGUGCCAGCUGCUGCAGGAGCGUCUGGACCUGGCCGAGGCCCGUGCCGAGGGCCUGAGCCAGCUGGAGGCCGACCACAGCCGCAUGAAGCGCGAGGUCAGCGCCCACUUCCACGAGGUGCUGAGGCUGAAGGACGAGAUGCUCAGCCUCUCGCUGCACUACAGCAACGCGCUGCAGGAGAAGGAGCUGGCCGCCACGCGCUGCCGCGGCCUGCAGGAGGAGCUGUACCUGGUGAAGCAGGAGCUGCAGCGUGAGAACAUGGUUUCGUCCUGUGAGCUGCAGUUCCAAGAGAGGUCCCUGAAGAUGGCCAGCGACCUGGCGCCUGGGGACGAGGAACUGACCCGUCUGAAGGAGGAGAAUGAGAAGCUCCGCUCGCUCACCUUCAGCCUGGCGGAGAAGGACAUCCUGGAGCAGCACCUGGACGAGGCGCUGGAGAGCAGGCAGGAGCUGGUGGACCGCAUCCACUCGCUGCGGGAGCGCGCCGUGGCUGCGGAGAGGCAGCGCAAGCAGUACUGGGAGGAGAAGGAGCAGACCAUGCUGCAGUUCCAGAAGACCAAGGUGGACUGCCAGCUCUACAAGGACAAGAUGAAAGCUCUGCAGGCCCAAGUGUCCGAGCUGCAGAAGGAGCGAGACCAGGCCUACUCUGCCAGGGACAGCGCCCAGAGGGAGAUUUCCCAGAGCCUGGGCGAGAAGGACUCCCUCCGCAGGAAGGUGUUCGAGCUGACGGACCAGGUCUGCGAGCUGCGCACACAGCUGUGCCAGCUGCAGGCGCAGCCUCCGGGUGAGCCCCAGCAGGAAGCCGGGGCCAGGGAGCCCUGUCCGAGGGGGAAGCAGCGGCUGGUGCGCAUGCGCGCCAUCUGCCCGCGGGACGACGGCGACGUCGACGGCGACGGCAGCCUCCUCAGCUCCACGGAGUCCCAGCUAUGGUCCGACCUGAGUGCCACGUCCAGCCGCGAGCUGGGGGACAGCUUCCGCUCCAGCAGCCCGGUGCCCCCCAGCCAGCAGUCCCUGUACAAGCGGGUGGCCGAGGACUUCCGGUAAGACCCCUGGUCUCUAAGCGGCUGCACGGAGAUCGUGGAGGUGGACCCAGGAGCCCCCCCGGAAGCUAAGGGGGGCGACGCAGACCUGGGCUAUGAGAUCGUGGACAGGGCAGACCUUCCCCCGUGGGAAAGCAGCCUGCAGCCGUCCUCCUCCGGAAGCCUCGACGACUCCGCAAGUGGCGCCCCCAUGCGGCGGAGGCCGGCACGCAGGAUCCCGAGCCAGGUCACGGUGCUGGCGUUCCAGGGCGACCGGCUGCUGGAGCAGAUAAGCGUCAUCGGCGGGAACCACACCGGCAUCUUCAUCCACCGGGUCACACCAGGCUCUGCGGCGGACGAGAUGGCCUUGCGCCCCGGCACCCAGAUCGUCAUGGUUGACUACGAGGCCACGGAGCCCCUGUUCAAGGCCGUCCUGGAGGACACCACCCUGGAGCAGGCUGUCGGGAUUCUCAGGAGGGUGGACGGCUUCUGCUGCCUGUCCGUGAAGGUCAACAUGGAGGGUUACAAGAGGCUGGUCCAGGACCUGGAGGCCAAAGUGGUGACCUCAGGGGACUCAUUCUACAUCCGGGUCAACCUGGCCAUGGAGGGGAGGGCGGAGGGAGAGCUGCAGGUGCGUUGCAACGACGUCCUGCACGUCACCGACACCAUGUUCCAGGGCGGCAGCUGCUGGCACGCCCACCGCGUGAGCCCCUACACCAUGAAGGACACCACGGUGCACGGCACCAUCCCCAACUACUCACGGUGA